AUGAUUGUUGUCUGCGUUCAGAGCGAACGAUCCAAGUUCUACGGCAACCUGCCUGGCCACGACCAGCAGCUGGAUUACAGCGCCUUGGACGGCGGGGAUGAGAUACUUUGUGUCAGGCGCGGGGGAACCGUUCUUCACUGCGCUAGUAAUCUUUUGGACUAUCGUAUUUACAAGCGUAUCAAUUGCAUCCGGAAACUGAUCAACGUCGUUUGUCUUCAAUGUCUCUCCAAGCUUCUCCACAAACUUGUUGCAACCCUCCUUAAGAGCAUUGACGUAUUUUCUAACCGUUCGAUUAGAUUCGGCUUCUCUAAAAAGGUCCUCAACCACUCUGCCAGCAGUAGUAGCUUCGCUCGUAAGCUUUUCUUUAAAAACAAUCGCAAUUUGUUCAUUAAGGUCCGUAUAAAAUUGGCCCCCUCUUUUUUUCUUUCCAUAGUUCCCAUGAAACUUCCCCUGACCGUUCUCGCCAAUGUACUUCUCAAUAAAGCUCUUAAUCGGAUCCACCUUCAAAAUAUUAUUUUCAACCCAUCCCUGCACUUUAAUCUCAAACUGUGA